AUGGGUGUAACAACAACAGAAAUAUUAUACGCGCUGUCUGUCGCUACCACUUCAAACAGACCUGCCCCAGAAGAUGCUACUCAAAAGAGUCAUCAUACUGCAUCUGGCUUCAGAAAUCCCUGGGAUUCAUGGCGGGAUGUUGGACUGUCUAGUGUUUUUGAGGUCAUGAAACGUCGGUUUAAUGGCACAGGAAACGUCCCCAAUACGAGUGGCCCUACAGUUCUUGUUCGCAAACCCGAAUUCCUACCCAGUCGCGAGACGGCCAAGUUGCGCGCGACUUGGCUAGGACAUGCUGCGUACUAUGCCGAAUUUCCAAGUGGCCUGCGAGUCCUCUUUGACCCGGUCCUCGAAGAGCGUUGCGGACCGUAUAACUUGUUGGGACCUAAACGCUUUACAGACGCUCCUUGUCAGCCCAACGAUAUACCCUUAAUCGAUGCAGUUGUGAUUUCCCAUAAUCACUAUGAUCAUUUGUCCUAUCAUACUGUGACAGCAAUUGCGAAGAAGCAUCCUAAUUGCCAUUUCUUCGUUCCUCUUGGAAACAAAGCUUGGUUUAAAAGCUGCGGUAUCGAGAAGGUUACCGAGUUAGAUUGGUGGGAUGAGCGCGACAUCACUUUGGCUCCGACAACGGAGAAAGAAAUGAGUGUUGAAGCUGCUGGUGGGGAGAGCUCAAAGAGUGGGGAUAUUAAGGAUAUCACCGCCCGUAUUAGUUGCUUGCCUUGUCAGCAUGUUAGUGCUCGUGGUCCCUUUGAUCGAAAUAAGACUUUGUGGUGCUCUUGGGCCCUUGAGUCAGGAGGCAAGAAACUCUACUUCGCAGGAGACACCGGAUACCGGCCAGUUUCUAAACUUCCCGAGGGCGAGGAUGAUCAUGAUGCAAAGCAUGAUUUCCCCGUAUGCCCUGCUUUCAAGCAGGUGGGUGAGUUCCGCGGUCCAUUUGACCUGGGGUUGAUUCCAAUUGGUGCAUAUGCUCCUCGUCAUAUAUGGAGUCCUGCCCACGGUGAUCCACAUGAUGCGGUAUCAAUUUUCCAAGAUACAAAGUGCAAGAGCGCACUUGGUAUUCACUGGGGAACUUGGGUUCUGACUGAGGAAGACGUUCUUGAGCCCCCGGAGAAGCUGAAGGUUGCGCUCAAGAAGUUUGGUCUUCCCGAGAAGGGGGUCUUUGAUGUGGUGGAUAUUGGCGAAAGCCGUGAAUACUGA